GGGGGGAAAAUAUAAGAGAGGAAUACAGGAAACGGGAGGGAAAAGAGGGGAGGGCAGAGAUAUCAUAUUGUUCAUUUCUCCCUCUCAGUCUGCCAUCCCGGUUGCGGGGCUUAUUGCUCGGUGCGUCUUGGAGAGAAGAGAGAGAGAGAGAGAGAGAGAGAGAGAGAGAGAGGAGGGGGUGGACUGAGCGAAAGAGGGCGGAAUGCCCCUUUACAAGCGUCGCAUCUGACUAAAACAGCGGAGAAGCUCGUAAAUCGGAAAUUGGACAGAGAGGGUGACAGUGGCUUCUGCAACGCCAAGGGGAUGUUGGAGAGCUUCAAAAGAGUCUCCACAAAUGUGACAGUGACUUGCAGUCCACUCCGAUGUGUUGGAGAGACCACGGAAACAGAUGUGUCCCACCGUUUACCGUGGAGCUAGAUGACUAAGAGCUCAACUCUGUUCCCAACUUACACUGAAGACAAAAAGUCUGCAGGCUCCCGUUUCUGGUCUUGGAAACAUUAGGAAAAUAACAAGCUAAAGGUUAUGCAUGCACUGCAGGCGUAACUUCGCAUUCCUCAGCCAAAUCUAUUUGUAAAGAAAAUUUUACAUGUAGAGUGUCUCCGCUUUGGCUUGCAAAUUCAACAUGGCUCAGAACCUCGAGAGUCAAGUUCAAUAAAGGGAAAGUGAGAGGGGUGGGUGUCGCUCAGUCAUACAUGGGCACGUCAGUCUGGUCUCUGUGAUCCAGACCAAGACACCCUGCAGAGCCCCUCCAGUUCUUCCUUUAUUGCCACUGCCCCCUCUGCCUCCUCUUUCUCAGUUCACACCUUGUAAAAGGUGGACGGGCCAACCCUCUACAUACCUGAGCGCCGUCCGAUAGGUGAGGGCGGCGAGGGCUGCGCUGUCAUUGGCUGACUGCUGGUGAGAGUGCGAUGCAGAUUGGAGGAUGUCGGGGGACUGGGAUGAAGACAUGUGUAAGAAGGCGCUGGUGUUGGUGGAGGAGCUGUGCUUCCACUCCCCGAGAGGUUACAGCCAGAGUGAACGCUGCGAGGAGUUUACCUUCCUGCUGAGAGGUCGAAACAACAGGCUGGACACAGAGAUCUCUGUCAGUCUGCUGUCGGUCAUCGUGACAUUCUGUGGAAUCGUCCUCCUCUCCGUCUCCCUCUUCGUCUCCUGGAAGCUCUGCUGGCUGCCAUGGCGGGACAAGGAGGGCGGUGGCCUGAGCCUGACGUCGGGGUUGCUGCCCGGAAGCGCCGGCGUCGGAAGCCUCGGAGGCACCGGCGGCGCGUCGCUCUUACCCCCACUGCUGCAGAGGAAGGAGGGCCACUCCUCUUCCUCGCUCUACCCUACCUUGGGCCAGCAAGGCCAACACCACCCUCAUUUCUCUGACCUGGUGGGGCUUGAGAGGGGGGAGGUCGGAGGUGUGGUUGGGGGGCCGCAUGAGACCCAGGAGCACUCCUACCUGGACAUGGACUCCUACCCCAACAAUGCUGGAACUCUGAAGCUGAGUCAGACGUCUCCGGAUGUCCCCAACUCAGAGGUUGGAGCCCAGCCCCAGAAAGACCUGCCCAACGCUCAUUCCCAGCAGCAGGUCACUUCACGGCCCAAGCCCAUGACUCACCAGCUCUCCAGUCCUGAUUUCCACGCCGAGGAGAAGGAGCAGGUAACCAGCAUUGGGCAGAUCAAACCGGAGCUGUACAGACCCAAGGGCGACCAGGGUGAAGGCAAACAGGGCGACAACUGCGGCAAGAUCAGCUUCCUCCUGCGCUACGCCUUCAAUACGGAGCAGUUGGUGGUGAAGAUCCUGAAAGCUCUGGACCUGCCAGCGAAGGAUGCCAACGGCUUCUCUGACCCAUACGUGAAAAUCUACCUACUGCCAGACAGGAAGAAGAAAUUCCAGACCAAGGUCCACAGAAAGACCUUAAACCCAGUGUUCAACGAGACGUUUCAGUUCGGCGUGCCGCUGAAUGAGCUACAUUCCAGGAAGCUGCAUUUCUCUGUGUACGACUUCGACCGCUUCUCCAGACACGACCUGAUAGGCCAGGUAGUGGUGGACAACCUGCUGGACUUCAGUGAGGGCAGCGGGGACAAGCCUGUCUGGAGGGACAUCGUGGAGGGCACCGCGGAGAAGGCUGAUCUCGGGGAGCUUAAUUUCUCGCUGUGUUACCUGCCCACUGCAGGCAGGCUCACUGCUACAGUCAUCAAGGCCACCAACCUCAAAGCCAUGGACCUCACUGGCUUCUCAGAUCCGUACGUGAAGGCUUCUCUGAUCUGUGACGGGCGAAGGCUAAAAAAGAGGAAGACCUCCAUUAAGAAGAACACACUGAACCCCACGUACAACGAGGCACUGGUGUUUGACAUUCCCAAUGAAAAUAUAGAAAGUGUAUCCAUCAUCAUCGCAGUGAUGGACUAUGACUGUAUUGGUCAUAACGAGGUUAUAGGGAUGUGUCGUGUGGGCAGCGAAGCUGAAGGUCCGGGGAGGGAGCACUGGGCGGCCAUGCUGGCCAAUCCACGCAAACCAAUAGAGCACUGGCAUCAGCUUGUGGAGGAAAAAGCAAUUGGUACAUUCGUGUCGAAGAGUGCUACAGCGUCCUCCCCUAAGCCGCACAUCGUGGUGGACAGUCCUCACUCCGACUAAAACUGUCAUUAUCAUCUCUCCAGCUCCAGACUUUCCUUUCUUUCCUCUCAUCUGUGAAUAAUUCUCUCCAUCAAAGAAAGAGAGACGCGGAGACACUGCUAGUGUCCAACUGCUAGUGCUGUUUUGCUCCUGCUAAUGAAUUCUCCAAGUCCUGUGCUGUCUUUACCAAGCCGGGGAAAAAAAAAAAAACAACAUCAUCCAUCACAAGCUACACUUUGAGCAUCAGACUACACAUUUACAAACACACGCAGACACUAAAUGGUACACUAGGACUGAUUUCGGGUGUAAAUUUGGGAUCUAGCAAGGGAACGCACACAUAAGUCACACACACAUAGACACACACGAAUACACACAGAGUUUGUAGUAUGUGCGUAGUUCAUGUGUGCUUCAGAUUAGUGUAGUAUUUCAUCUAGGAGGAGUGUGAUGUGACAAACUUUUCUCUCUUGAAAACAAAAAAAGAAAAAAAGCCAUCCUAGAAUGGUCAUUUCAACCAGGACCAAAGGUUCAUGCCCUUGUACAGACUAUAAAAGAAGAAAAUCACUAUGUCGAUAUUUUUCUUUGCAACAUUGGUGUACAGUAUAUGCCGUACUGUAUGGGAAAACGUCUCACGUAGUACUUAGCAGGACAAAAAUCCGAGGUGGAUUCUCUUGACCAUUUUGGACGCCUUCUUCAGGCACCGUACCCUCUUGUUUCAGACUUAACUCGCUUAUUUUCCCCAGAGGAAAGACGACAAAGCGUCCAGUGGUCUUUAUUGAUGUCAGAGGAGUGAAAAAUGAGGACAUACUCAUCGGUUUAAGCAUGUUACGCAACCUUGAAAUGUGUCCCUCUUCCUCAUGCUUUUUGUCACAGUCCUCAUGGUGCUCAUCAGUAUCAUUUUUAUUUAUUUUUUUGCUUUGUUGUUUGUGUGAUACAGUAUACAUUUAAAGAGUUUAUUCAUGCCAGUUUUUACGGUCCACCAAGGAUGCGAUGGUGUGAGAUUCUGAGAGACAUGGACUAGUCGAUAAUCCUCUGCUUUCUGGCCAAACCGACAGACUUUUCCUGACGUAGGACUACACAGGUUGAAUGAAACCUACGUUCAGGAUCGGACCAGCAUCUGUUUGGAUUGCACUCGCUGGAGGAUGUAUUCCACAGGGAAGGAUAUCACCACUCUACUUUAUUUUUCUAUCAUUCCAGGACUUUUUUCCUUUUCUUUUUCUCGGGAAGUCAUUGUCCAGCUUCAACUGAGAAAAUGAUUAUCUUCAAGUCCACAUCAUGUCCCUGAAAAGACUUUAGAAGGACACACACGUCCGUGUUGCUUUUAUUAGUGUGUGUUUCUGUGUUUGUGGGCGUGUUUGUUUUGUAUUUGUGCGCGUCUGUGUGUGUGUGUAUGCCUGUGUGUCACUGUGACCUUGUGUGUGACACGUUUCUGUGCUCACCGACUCCCUCGUCCUUUUUCUGUCUUCGCCUCCCUCACUCCCCGAACCCCCGGCAUCCACAGACUGAAACGCUUGUCUCGGAGCCAAACGUGUCUUCUGUCCCGUGUCUUUACAAAGAGCCAUUAUGUGUGUAUGUGUGUGUGUGUGUGUGUGUGUGUGUGUUUGUGUGUGUGUGAAUGUGUGCGUGUGUACUAUACGUGCCUCAUUGCACUAGGUGGGGAAACACUGUCUUUCAUAGACAUUAGUUUGUAUUGUCUAUGUCGUCUGAAAUCAGCUGCCAAUCAUUCAACCCUCCUCUCCUCUCUAACCCUUUGCCUGAUGUAAGUAACUGUGUUGAUCGUGUACUUCUUUCAGUAAUUUGUGAACUGUAUGUCCGAGGGAAAAAAAAAACAGAUGGCACAGUGAUUGAAAAUUAAAUUGUUGGGUGUGUUUUGAUUAAAUUUACGAGAAGGAACACAAAAAAAAUGAAGGGAAAAAAAACAAAAAAACAUCCGAGGCUCAUUUUGUUACGGCCUACAGAUCAUGACAAAUUUAGAUCCCCUUAAAGCAAGAAAACAGGGAGGAGGUGUUGCGAGAAAACAAGCGCCUGCUGGAAUUUCUGCACUUCCUGUGUAAGCCGAUACAGACUUAUAAAGCCAUGUCUGUCACCGCUACUACGACUACUACUGUAACCUCAGCAAAAACAACAGUACAACACCUCACUACAGCUACUUGUAUUGCUCUCGUUGCCAUUUCUUUCUCGUCCUCUCACGCACACACAUUUUUGAUGGAGGAGCGUGUGUUUCAGGGGAGGGGAUCUAGUUUCUUUCUCUUUAGAUUUGGACCGUGGGAACGCAGUGAGACUUACUGGUGUGCUUGAUCGGGGUGACACAUCCCCGCAUCAUACCUGCAGGUAUUCUGUGUGGUUUGUCAGCUGGGGGAUUAUUGAUCCACUUGUAUAAGUCGAUAUGGUAUUGAUCCAUUGGUCUCGAGGCCCCAUAACUCUCUCUUUCCCAGCCUCUCCCUGUCUCUCUGCUCGUGUCUACCCUAUUUAGCCCUUGUGUUACUGCCUGGUGAUAGAUUACAAAACUCAUAGUGGAACCAGCACAUUCCCUUAUUCUCUUCCUCCGUCCGUCCGCCACCCCCAUUCUUUCUGUUUCUGUCUGUUUGAUUACUGUCUGAUUACUCAUUCUCUCAUUCUCUCCUCCAGCUAUCCUUACCUUUCCUCCCGCUCCACUCCCCCACCCCUCCAUUUCUCGCUCUUUUUUUUCUACCCCCCCACUCCGCCCCACCUUCCCGCUUCCUCUGCUAUCUCCCAUCCCUCCAUCUUGCCCUCUUUCUUUCCGUGUAUGACACCCUCCCCUCUUUCCUCUCUAUUCUCUCUCUCGCUGUCUUCUCGUGUUAGUGCAGUUCUGAAUGGUCAUGGGGAAACAUGUUUGCAUGCUUAUAUUAACAUGAAUGAUGUCAACUUGAUGCAAUGAAAAAUUAUAUAAGUGAUGCUUUAAGCAAAAUCUGACAAUGAACUUGAUACUAAUACUACUAAUGAUGACUAAAUGGAGACCUAGCAAUUGUUUAUCUCUGUGGUCAAAAACAACGAUGAUGAAAUAACAUUGUUUAUGCUGUAUUUAUCUUUCUCGAAUUGGUAUUCUUUUUUGAUUUUCAAUUGUUUUUUUAUAUAUAAUUUAUUCAAGAGGUUUACUUUUUUAUUGGUUAAAGCUGAGAAUUUGAGUGAGGGGUUCAGUCAGGGCGAUUGUUUCAGUCAGGACAGCUGUACCAGGUUGCAGGAUUUAGGUGAAUGUGUAAGUAACAGUGUGGCUGAAGCAAUGAUAAUGGAAAUAAAGGAUAUGUAUCAUCCA